AUUUGAAAAAAAAAAAGAAAGAAAGAAAAAAGAAAAAAAAAGAAGCAAAACGAAAGGACAGAAAAAUCUCAGAUUUUUCCACACCUAGUCCCAUGACUAAACAAUCAUCUUCCUAGAUCUGUACUUCCCUAACCAGUGGUACCUAGCCUGCAUUCAGGCCAGGGUGGCUCCCCACCUCCCCUUUGUAGCUGAAGGGCCCAAAUUUUUGUUUGAAUCUCUAUUCCCCCACCCCACCAUUUUUGCUAUUGCUACUAUACAACAGGAUUUCCAGGGAAGAACAAUGAAACUUUGUUUCGUUUUGUUAUUUAGGGGUGUACGCGCUAUUUUUGGCUUCAGAAAAGAUCAUGAAAGUCAUUUAUCUUCCUUUGCAAGGCCUUCUUUGAAAAAGAACCCAUUUCAGCCAAUCACUUAGCGCAGAUGUGAUCACGUGAUCAUAUACAUGGCGGCCCUACCUCCCCUCGCCUCGUGCUUGUGAUAGAUGCUUUGGUUUGUCGUCUCAUAAAUAAACUGAACUCUGAGGCAUUUGAUAGACGAAAGGUUGUCCGCAUACUGACGCGUCCUUCUGGGAAGUGAUUAAAGAUGUCGUUUGAAGACGGAGGAGAUCUGGCAUCUUUCGCCGCGAUUGCAGAGUCCACGAUUGCUAACAAAGAAGGAGAAAAUGUUGGAGCUACCACAGAAUCAGCUUCUUCUAAGAAUGAAGAAGCAUCAGAUGUAAAGGAAGAGCAAACUGCUAAUGAUCUAAGCAAUGAAGGCAACACAACUGGUGAACAGAGUGAAGCACCUCCAGCUGAGGCAGCAAAUAGCAGUGAAGACACCACUGAAACAGACAACAAUGCAGCUCAGUUGACCAGUGAGCAGCAGCGCACUUACGCUAACCUUCAGCCAAUUUUCCUAGCCAUGGAGAUGGGACAGGAAGCUGUAAACCAAGUGCAAGAGCAGAAUGAAGAAAACACUGCAGUAGAGAUAGGACAACAACAAGCGGCUUACAUUGCUACGACCAGUGAGCAGUUUACCCAGCCAAACCAAGGGGCUAGCGUGUUGCUUAGUAAUGUCACAACUUCAGGCUCGGAACCUCCUGCUUCGUUAGCCUCAAUUCUCCAAGAUGUCGUAUCUGGAAUGCAGAGCGGUACAGGAACAGUCCCAGCAGCUAUCAUUACAGAUCCAAACUCGGGCAGUGGCUCUUUCCUAAUUGUCAAUCAGAAUGGUGUACCAAUAGUGCGACCUGUUCUUGUUUCAAAUCUCCCAGCAGGUGGGGUUGGCCAAGGAGGUGCAGUGAGUGUGUCUGCUGAAACCCUACAGGUGUUAACAGCAGGUCUUCAUGCUGUUGAUGAUGGUUCAGCUGGGAGUGGCCAGGAAACAGUGACUGUAGAUGUCAGUGCGGAGACUGAAGGUUCAAGUGGAGGUGGUGAUUUGUCAGUGGAGGCCACUGUUGAUAUUGGUACAGACACUGUUGCCAUGGUAGCUGGAACUCAAGCAGCUGUGGCACAACCAGGGGGUGACAAUGUGGCUGAGCUGGAAGAAGGUGAAGUGGAGGCUACAGGUGCAAUACAAAAGCCCAUCACUGUCAGGAACCCUACUGGAAAAAGGAAGUUAAGUGAUGGUCCUAGGGUGUGUGAACAGUGCAACAAAAGCUUCAAGUACCCAUCAGAUCUGAAGAAACAUUUACAGAUCCACACAGAUAUCAAGAAGUUCAAGUGUGAAGACUGUGGCAGAUUCUUCCGCCGGCUUCAUCAACUGAAUGUACAUCAAAGGAUCCAUUCUGGUGAAAAGCCUUAUGUCUGCAACAGGUGUGGCAUGGCGUUCCGGCACGACUCCACAGUCACCAUGCAUAUCAGGACUCGCCAUGAUCACCUGCGGCCGUUCAAGUGUGAUGAGUGCGGCAGUCUGUUUGGACGACUCUCUCACCUUAAGAAACACAUCCGUAAAGUGUGCGGUGACAACAAGAACAAAGAAAAGCCCAUUGCACAGUGUCGCUUCUGCGACGUGACCUUCCCGACCAAGGGAGACCUGCGCAAACACUUGCUGAACUGCGAGAAGAAAGAGGCCAAAGUGAAAGCUAAAGAAGUCACUCUGCACAUCUGUGAAACCUGCAACAAGGAGUUUGCCAGCCCUUACAACCUUCGCCGGCACCAACUGACGCACACAGACGAGAAACCUUACCAGUGUGACGUCUGCAACAGGCAGUUCAAAGAGAAAUCCUCGCUCACCAAGCACAUCAAACGCAAACACACCGGAGUGGACCAAGGCAGUCAGACUGACGAGACUGGAGAGCAGGAAGACGGCUACGUCAACGUUGACGUCAUAGCCGAGUCUGCAGCAGCCAGCGGUGUUACCAUGGAAACAGAGGAGACCGUGGAGGCGGGUAUUGCGGCUGAAAGCGUCGAAGGGACCUCAACCGUUGAUGCCAGUUCGUUGAUAUCGGGAGAAGACGCCCAGGGCGGUGGACAGCAAGUGACGGAGGUGGUGCAGGCGAGCGGCGAGGUAGAGAUGGCGACGGUGGAGCUCAGCCUUGCCAAUGCUGCCGCGGGUUCAGCUCAUUCCCACGACUCCGCUCUGCAGGCCGCUGUGGAAGCCCUGGUCUCCGCCAGCCAGCAUCAGAUGGGGGUUACCCAGGAAGCCAUGGAGGAGGACUCUUCCUCGGGCAAGGAGAUCUUCGAGGGCGUCACUUCCCAGGAUGCCGAGGGUGCUGCGGCGCUAAUGGCGGUCUAUGUACCGGAAGUGAAGCAGGCGGAAGUCAAUUUGGAGCUGGUAAACGUGGAUGGGUCCAAGGUGGAGUUCGUGGAGGCCACCGAAGAAGGAGAUCAGGAGAUGGUCGAUGAAGAAGUUGACGAAGAGGAAAGUUAACUGUCCGAACAGAACUCUUUAGUGUUAUCUUCCUAUAGCGAGAUUACACGCGUGUGAAGUAUUCUUGAGUUAAUAUCAGGACUUGUAAAAUGUAAAUUUAGUUGAUGAACAUCGAAAUGGCGUCCUUUUCCACAAGGCUUUUGACCACAGCCGUGAAACCAAACCAGUGUCACCUUUCGAUGAACAUCCCAGUUAAGCCUCAGUCAUGCAGUAAUCAACCAUACGUAGCGUUAGAUAAGUAGUGUUAUUUUAUAGUGUGAAGACCAUCUUUUACUUGUAGAUUUUAUACUUAGUUUACUUAAUCCUGCGUCCAGCGGGACAUAAGUCAACUAACUGUAGAUUGUAUUCUUGCAUAUAUCUAAACAGUGAAACGUGAGUGGACAUUAUCAAUAACCCCUCCCNCCCCCCCCCCUGGAUUAGUAAUUAAUCUCGUGAUUUGUUUUAAGUUGUUUUUUUGGACUAACCUCGUCGGAAGUUGACAGGGAGCCCAAAGCGAGCGUUUAGAUCUUGUUACAAACGUAGUGUUAAAUCACUGUGCGGACUGGAAACCAAAGAGUUGUGGUUUGACUUUGUAGAGUAAAACUCAAAAAAUGACAGGAACCAUUUAGGAAGCGGGGAUGAGAAAUGAUAACGAGCAUGAAAAUGGAAUAAGCUUAGAAGAACGUUGAGGCUUACAUGUUAAAGGAGCUACGUCAUGGUUUGCACAUCUAGAAGAGUCCUUCGUUUGUUAUCCGUGUUAAUCUUCUCCAUCCCUAGCCAUCCUUGUUCCUUUGUGGUUUAUUAUUAUCUCUUUGGUCUUUUUCUAUCUUAGAGGUAUUUCAGUACGUGGCCAAAAUAACCCAAACUACCAUGACUGAACUCAUUUAAGAUUUGGUGCAGAUUCCUGCGAACAUUCUAUAAAUAACCUGUUGGAAGAUAUUUUCAACAUUAAGCUCUAGUUUAGAAAAUUUUUAGUUCAGAGAACAUUUGUGCCUUCAUUUGAGUGUUAGCAGAGCAAAUUCUACUAAUCGGAGUCAAACGUAGAUGAAAGAAGUUAAGAACGGACACAGCAUUACAUGACAUUUAAAAAUUAUAUUUCUUGGCGUAUGAAACGUUAACUGAUAUUUUUUAUUUCAGUUGGAAAUUGUGUGUAAGUAGACCAAUGUAAUGAUCUGUUGUACGUUAUAGAUUAUUUUAUUCGGUCAUUGUGUAUCAUUUAUCAACAACUUGUUGCAUUAAGUAAUAGUAAAGUUUGAAGUAGAUUUAACUGUGUUUAAAAUAAACUGAGACCGGGAAAAUA